AGUACCGUGUCUUAUAUGGAUGAACCAGGCCAACGUGACGAGGUCUCUCGCCUUGCAGUCCAGAUGGAGAACACCUAUCAGUUGGGUCCUACCAAACAUUUUCCUGUGGUCACUGUUAAUCAUAUCUUGCAAGAUGUGUUGACUGACUAUCUGCAAAAAGAAGAGUAUGAACCAGAGUUCUGCAGACAGAUAACUAAAACAAUUUCAGAGGUUAUUAAAGCCCGGGUCAAGGAAUUGAUGAUUCCACGGUACAAACUAAUUGUAAUGAUUCACAUUGGACAACUGAAUGGUCAGAGCAUACUUAUUGGAAGCAGAUGCCUCUGGGAUCCUAAAAGUGAUACAGUUUCAUCCUAUGUUUUCAGAAAUUCUUCUCUCUUUGCUCUUGCAAAUGUCUAUGCAGUUUACUUUGAGUGA